UUUCCAUCCCCCCCCCCCCCCCCCAAACCCACAAUUUUUCUUCCUCUAAUCUGUGGUGGUUUGAGGUUUUUUCUCCAUUUUUUCCGGCGACUUCUUCCGCUGGUUCAGGUCUAACCAUUGAGAUCUUGGUGAUGAAGCGAAAAGCUUAAUCUCUGGUUUUUGAUUCUGGGUUUUUUGUCUUGUUUUGAUCUUUGAGAUCUUUGAUUAUGGAAUGUGUGUAUAGAUGGUGGAAAUUAUGUUGUUUUCUGAUAGUGAUAUGUGUGUUUACGUGAAUUAAAUAAUAUAUAUAUACAGACAUAUAUAUAUAUAUAGCAAGUUGGGAGUUUGUUUAAGGUUAGAGAGUACAGUACUGGAUGUGAUCUUUGAAUCCAGAUGUUUUAUGUUGCUUUCUGUACUUUGAUUAUCAUCAAGAAGUUGUACUACAAGAUUUGCCACCCUCAUCACCUUCUCUCUUUCUAUAUCUAACUUUCUCUCUCUAGAAAUCAUUAUGUAUCCUAAAGAAGAAAAGGAUGUUGAUGAUCAUCAUCGUAUGGAGGGUUAUGAUCAUCAUGUUAUUGAUGAACAAGAAAACUGUAAAAGUACUGGUUUUGAUGCAUUGGGUACGACUAUGAUGACCAGCACCGAUGAUCAAAGAGGGAUCUGGGAGAUUGAUGUUAGAGCUCAACAGCAGAAUCUUCUUCAUGAAAUGAAUGAUCCUUCCAUGUUUUACAAUGAUCAGUUCCCUCAAAUUCCUGAUUUUCCAUGCAUGUCUUCUUCGUCGUCUUCGUCUUCGAAUCCUGCUCCGGCGAAGCCGAUAUCGUCCGCGACCACCACUUCUUCCGCGUCGUCAGCGUCGGCGUCUUCGUCGACUUCCUCCGCUGCGUCUUGGGCGGUGCUGAAGUCGGAGUAUGUUACGGAGGAGGAGGAUGAUCAGUUGGAGGAACUCGGGGUUGAUAGGAGGAAGAGAUGUCAUCGGAGUGAAGAGAUGCCGGCGGCGGUGAUGUCAACGGCCGUGGUGGAAGCGGUUGGGCGGCCGCUGGAGAUGGCGGAUGGAAGUGGGUCGAUUGAUUGCAUGGAUGUUAUGGAGAAUUUUGGUUAUAUGGAUCUGAUUGAUGGUAAUGAAAUCUGGGAUCCUUCUUCGAUUUUCGAACAAAACCCGCCGGAGAAUUUGCAACAAGAGUGUUUGAAUAACAGCAACGGUAGUGAGGUGGUGCAGGACGGCGGCGGGGUCGGAGGCGGAGGGCGGUUGGAUGAACUGGGGGCGGUGUUCUUCGAGUGGUUGAAAUCGAACAAAGAAUUCAUAUCAGCAGAAGAUAUGAGAAACAUUAAACUCAAGAAAUCGACGGUCGAAUGUGCUUCGAAAAGAUUGGGAUCUUCUAAAGAAGGCAAAAAGCAACUCUUGAAGUUAAUUCUUGAAUGGGUUCAACAACACCAACUUCAAAGAAAAGCGAGCGGGGGCGUGGAAGGACCCGCCCCCGCCACAGCCCCCACCCCCACCGCUGCCGCAACCACCACCCAAUACCCUUUACAGCAUUUCCAAGGACUCCCAUCUCAACCACCACCGCCAACAACUCCACCACCUUUCCACUGCAAUUCUUGGGUUCAACCUAAUGACAUGAACCACGGAUUCUCUCCGACGCCAUGGAUCCCUCCGCCGUUGCCGUAUCCGCCGUACAUGGCGGAUCAGGCAACAAACGGGAUGGCGAUGGUGGCAGCGCAACCAUCUGGGACGUUUUCUUAUAUGGGUGGUGGUGAUUACAAUUCCGCUAUGAAUUGCCAUCUUAACCCGUAUAAUAAUCCGGGGUCUGGUGAAUAUCAAGUUCUCGAAUCUGCACCGUCAUGGAAUCCGUCGCAAAUCACCAUGGCGGCAGCAUCUCCGUAUAACAACCAAUUUCCCGAUGUGGGCAACAAUUAUGGUCCACCAAUUAUGCCGUUACCUUCUGCUUACACCGAUCAGUACCCGUAUAACCCGGUGUUCGCAGGAGGAGGUGGUGGUGGCGGAGAACAGCGGCUAAUGAGGUUGGGUUCGUCGGCAACUAAAGAAGCUAGGAAGAAACGAAUGGCCAGACAGCGGCGGACUUACUUCCACCACCACCACCAUUCCAGACAGAAUCAGCAACACAACCAUCCCAAUCAGGUGGCAAACUCCGAUCAUCACCCACACACAAUGCUCGUUGAUGACAAUUGCUCCGGCAAAUCACAGGGCGGAAACUGGUUGUACUGGCCAUCCACGCCUUCUGCCACCACCCCUGCUGCCACCGUCCUUCCACCACCUAUGGAAGCACCGCAGCGGCCACCCUCCAGAAUCCCUCAGACCAGUGACCGCCAAUCCAAACAAACUUCCUCCGAUAAACGUCAGGGAUUAAAGACCGAGAAAAAUUUGAAGUUUCUGCUCCAGAAAGUAUUGAAGCAAAGCGAUGUCGGAAGUCUGGGGAGGAUCGUGCUGCCGAAGAAAGAAGCCGAGAGUCACCUCCCAGAUCUCGAUUCGAGAGACGGAAUCUCGAUUGCCAUGGAGGAUAUCGGGACUUCUCAAGUGUGGAACAUGCGAUAUAGCCUCAGGUUUUGGCCAAACAACAAAAGCCGGAUGUACCUCCUCGAAAACACAGGAGAUUUCGUGAAAGCAAACGGGCUCCAAGAGGGCGAUUUCAUUGUGCUGUACUCCGAUGUCAAGUGUGGCAAAUACUUAAUUAGGGGAGUGAAGGUACGACAACCCGCCACUGGGAAACCCGAAGCCAAGAAACCUGCGAAACGAAGCUAUCGUAGCACCUCCCAAUCGGCCAGAAGCUCUCCUUCGUCACCAACCAAAAUAACCGCGAUUUAAGCACCGCUAACAACGUCGUCAUCAAACGGGACCGUGAAAGCUUCUUCCUUUUUGCAGUUAAAUAUGAUUCGCUGACCCAGAGUUCGACUGAUGAUCAUUAAUUAAGCGGAGAAUUAGUUGAUCGAUGUUGUGUUCGAGAGGUUAUACGGUUCGAUGUUUUUCUGUUUUGGGGGGUUCGUUAUGCGAGUAGGGAUUGCUCGAUCUUGAGCGUUAAUUUGCGAUAUAAUUACUGUUUGUAUGUGUAUGUGGAUUAGUGAGUAUGUAUAGUUGAUCAUAAGAUGUGGUCUGUAAUGUCCAAGGUUAAACCAUCUUCCCCUUGGCUAGGACCAUGGGUGGAGUUAACUUGGUUCAUUUGGUGGCACCCUAUAUGUAUUAUGUGUAACUUUCUACUUCCUUAAUUGGUGUCUUAAUUGAGGAUCUUUUUGAAUUCAGC